UAAAAGGGAAGCCUGUAUCAGUCCGUGCUGUACGACUGUCAUCUAGUGUCCGCUUUGGGGUACUGCAGCACACAUGCCUCAUGGAAGGCGCGACACCGGUAGGGAAGGCCGAGGCCGGCGCCUCUGGUGAUCUCACGGCCGAGGAAGAAGAUGAUUUACCGGCGAGCUGCCUGGAUGUGAGCUCGGAGUUGUUUGACCCCCUGCUGGCCCUCUACUCCCCCCGCACGCCGCUGCCCUUCCCCGAUGUCCGCUGCUUUAACAACGUAGCCGAGUACGAGAGCUUCCUGCGAGGGGGCGGCCGUGGCAGGGGUCGGGCCAGGGCCCCGGGGGCUCGUAAGGCGUCCUCCCGAAAGGGACGGAAACCGGCACCGGACCCGGAGCGUGUGGAGCGGCUUAAAAAGUUGAUGUUGCCCGUGGAGGAGGGGACACAGCCGGUCAGACCUCGCAGGAACAGACGACCCCCGAAAAACGUGCUCACCCGCAUGCCCUUGCAUGAAGGCAGUCCUCUGGGAGAGUUGUAUCGCUGUGUACAGGACCGUCUGAAGGUCAAAGUACAUAUCCGCACAUUCAAGGGUCUGCGUGGCGUGUGCUCCGGAUUUAUCGUCGCCUUUGACAAAUGCUGGAACAUGGCAAUGGUGGAUGUGGAUGAGACGUACAGGAAGCCUGUCCUUGGCAAAGCAUAUUACAGUGAGCCCCAGCUAACUCUGACACGGCUGUUUGACCAGUUGAAGCUUCAGGAGUCAGGGCUACAAUCCUCUCCAGAAACACGAAGCACCGUAUCCAAGAGACUGGCGAGACCUACUCCACGUACAAGGGCACAACAUGGAGACUGCACAGACAGGGCACUCCCCAGUAAAGAUCCUAGGUUACGUGCCCAGCAGCCAGGCAAAAAUAUCACCAUAGAGGAUCAAACCAAAAAGGGAGUUUCUGGUGAUAAACCCAGACAGCGGACUAAGCACCCGAAAGAGAAGAUAGAUUAUCAGCAGGUGUACACACGCCACAUGAAUCAGGUUUUUAUACGUGGAGAAAGCAUCCUACUAGUGCAUGUUCCAGAAUGAAGCUUUGCUCAGUCUGCAAUACAAGAUGAAUACUACAGUUUGUUGGACUCAUCCUCAGGGACCUGUUGAGCAGUAAGAUGCUUGCAUAUAGAGAAGAGCACAGGUCACAUGCAGCAUCUUAUGAGAAAAUUACCUUUGCUAAAGGAAUCUUUGCCAAAAUCAUUGCUAUUCGUAUUCCUCAGUUUAUAAGAUGAUUUGCAAAUCAGUGUUGGUGAUUUUAUACUAUCUUAUGGUGGAGAUACAGCCCAUAGUAAAGCUGUUUUAAAAUAUGUCCUUGUCUACAGGAGUAUGCAGAGAAUUUAAAAGCACAGUAGACUGGCCUUUCACUUCCCCUGCUUACAAGCAGUGGCAACAGGUCUUGGCCGGGCAGCCAGCAUCAUUUAUUGAUGCAACCUGGGUGCAACUAACCCUUAGUGCUGCAGGGGAGCUCUGAAGUUUACAUAAUGUUCUUUCCACAAUUAUGUGUUAGAAUACACCUGCAUAUCAUCUUAUCAGUUGGGGAUACAAUUAAAAAAAACAAAGGAAGAAAGCUUGUUUUAAUUUGGAGCUAAUUGCAAUCCAGAUUACUCCAGUUGUAGCCAUAAAUGUAAUUGUUAAUAAUUAAAUAUCACUGUUCUUGUAUAAUAUAUAGUUUGUGUACACCGGCUCUCCUCGGGUAUUGGUUUCUGAUGAUCAUUCUUGCAGAAUGUAGUGUUUUUGUGCUAUGCAAUGUUGUACUACCUACAGGAACAGAAAAAUAUGCACGCAGAAUGCUAGCAAUACCAAAAUCAACAAAGCAGAUGAGAUAAAUAGUGUUCACUCUAGGCUGUUUUAGCAGGGCGCCGCGCCCUGCCCGUUUUUUAGCAGGCAAAACCCGCCCUGCCCCUUUUGCGGCGCCCUGCUAGAACAGCCGCCCGCUUCCUGCCCUCCCGGCGUGUAUAGAUGCCGUGCGCAUGCGCGCGGCAUCCAUUCACGCAUUGGGAGAGAGCUGGGGGAAGCCCAGCACCGACGGAGGUGCUGGGCACGCCCCCAACAGUGACGUCGCCGGCCACAGACGCUCUCUAUAGCAGCGUCUGUGGGCCGCACCGCCCCCUAAAAUGACGUAGGCGUGGCCACGCCCCCGUUUCGGCCGCGCGCACGCACAAAUGUGCCCCCGGAGUCCGGCGCCCUGCCCCUUUUCACUCCUAGAGUGAACACUAGAUAAAUGCAUUCUGUCUGAUGUGUAACUAAAAUCCCAGCAUGAAACAUUCCACAACUACCAAACAGACACAAGUUGCAUAUACAGGGAGUUCAAAACGCCCCUCCACAGUGACUGUAGUAUGGCAACACAAUUGUUUUUAAACAUUUUAUUUCAGUGAAAUAUAAGAGAAGUCCCUAUACUUGGUUGAAUAUUCAUCUAUUUUGGGAAGGCACUGGGGCAGCUGUGUGUGUGUGUGUGUGUAUAUGUAUGUGUGUAUGUAUGUAUAUAUACAUAUAUAUAUAUAUAUAUAUAUAAAAUACAUGCGCACACACCGUGCUGUAGACCUUGGCCCUGUGUUUGACACUUUUUCAUCCUAUGUUGGGAGGUUUAAGUUUACAGUACAAGUUACCUUAGCGGAGGGCGGGAGUAGAGGUAUAUCUUAUAGGAGAGUAAGAAUGUACAUUUUGCCUUAACUGUUCUGUAGGAUUACCCUCCUCUGUAUUCCAUAUUCUAUAAUGUUAAUGCCGGUGAAUAAAACUGGUGUGGUUUAGUUAUUACCACAAUAAAGUGCCCUUUAAUAGAA